ACAAAGAAAGUUUCUGUUAUAUUGUGUUUAGAUUAGAUUUCAUGAAAUUACAGACAACAAAGUAAUUUGCAUCCUUUGUUGCUUCACACGUCAAGCAAUCAUUAUCCAUCAAAACACAAACAUGCUAGCAAUGCAGAUGUUCCAGAUGGAAGGUCGCAAACAAUAAGAUCCAAUGUGGUUUAAUACCGUUCUCCAUGAUUGAUUGGAGAUACGCCCAUACACAAGGAGAAGGCCGGUGUAGUGAAGUGUUGUUUUGAAAGUGUACAUUUGACAAGAGAGUCCAUAAGUUGUCAUUCAAGAUGCCAAGCAUAAGGAAGAAAUUGAAGAAACUUACAAGCAGUAAGAAAUCAAAAAGUACUAGUGAUUUAGAUCAAAUGAAGCAGGGAGAAUCGAUUGAGGCCGUUGAUAAACACCAAGAAGAAGAUUCGAGGUCGUACAUUUCGGAGGCCAUUUCGGAGCGCACAGAUGUAUCGGCCUACGAGAACGAGUCAACUUACAGCUACGCCUCAGCGAGUGGUGAAAAGAAAAAAAAGAGGAAAUUUAAACUAAAAUUAUCAAGCAAAAAGAAGAAAGGGAAACUCGUGAAAGAUCCGGAGGGUAACGUACUUGUGAGGACUUUGUCGAUAGAGCACGAUCCACGUGGGUCAGGGAUUCAUAACAUGGAAGAUGGUGACAGCUUGAAGCCGGAGUCGGUCGAGUUAUCGCGAUCAGUUGGAAGCAAUAUUGGACGAGAUGAAUGCGAAAAUUCAGAGGCUGACGAAUGGAGAAUGUCUGGGUUGUUAGAAAAUGUCGAUAGGACACCAAACCAAAGCAUUUCAAGUGGUAAGGACAAUUUGAUAUCGACCUUCGAGAGCAGACGAAAAACACUUAAAAAACCAGAAUUUGAAUCAACGCCAAAUAAGAUACAGGAUCAAGCAGAAGAAGAAAAGAUUCUUCAGGCCGAAAAAGGCGAGUCAGACGAUGCGAGAAUCACUGUUACAAAGCCAGGAACAAUAAUUGAAGUAAAGUUCAGCAAUAAUGGUUCCGAACAGCAAGAGGAGUUUGAUGGAGAAAAGCUGGAGGCACAUGAAAGUCUGUCCGAAGAGGAGAAGUCGUUAGAAGAUAUCGAUGAAGCUGAAGAAUUAGAGGCUUUAAGAAGAGAUUUGGAACCAGUUGAAGAGGAGGAUCUUGUCCAGAUUGUACAGACGGAUCCGGAAUGUGAAAUGAUGAUCGAGGACGAGCAUGAAGAAGAGGCUCCCAUUCAAGUAGUCGAACAAAAUUCGAUUGUGUGUGAUGUUGGCAAAGGCAAAAAAGUAAUAAUUAGACAUUUAGAGGAGGUCGCAACUAAUGCUAAUCUAGAAAUGUCGUUAAAUGUAAGCAUGGAAGACUGGUUGGUAUUAAACAUCGAGAAGGAUGACUGGGUGGUUGUUGGGUAUGAUAAAGUUGGAAACGACGUUGGUCGGCUGUAUGAGCAAUCUGUGGACACUGUUUGAAUGCUAAGCUGUGGCAUAAGUUAUAAUUGAAGCGAUGUAUCUAGACUUUCAUGUGCGAUUUACGCCCAUCUGCUCUGCUGCAGACACUGCAAGGAAGACUCAUUUUGAAGUCCUUGUUGUGACAGUCAAAUUUUUGUUUGGAAUACAGUGCUGCUUCUUUCAAAUGUGAAGUUCACUGCCAAAAUUAUCAUUUUCCACCAUUUUACUUUCUUCCGCCAUCAGUUUACCCUUAAUUACGUUAUGCUGCUACGGAGGAAACGGCUAUGCUACGCGGAAGACGCAGUCAAACUUUAAGGCGAAGCUGUCUUUUCAUGCAUACCAGAAACCACACGUGCAUACACUAUCGAUUAGAUUAACACAGGCUUUUAUGCAAAUUAUUACGUCAUUGCGCUUAUUGAAAUGUCUGUAGCAGACAGUAAAACGCAGCUGUGAUAAAACUUGCAAGAAACAACUAAGUUUCAAUAACAAUGACUAGAGGUUCAAGAAUUGGACUUGCUAGGCCCAUACAUGGAUAUCGAGAUGAAAUGGAAAUUCUCUUUUGUCUCAAGUUAGUGUUUGGGUUAUCGUUGGAAUCAAUCGCACUGCAAAGACCUGGGCCUAGUGCCUCCCGCGGUUUUUGUUAUGCUCCUUCAAUUUCAGCCAUUUUGCUAACAAGAAUAACCGUAUGUUGCGAUUCUUAUAAAUUGUAGUUGGUAUCGGUAUGAGUAAAUUGUCUCUAGAAAGCCAAAUGUUUGCCAGUUAAUUAAAAUAGUUGACACAACCUAAAAUUAAACGUGUUUGCGUUUAGAGAAAUCAUGGAUAACCUAAGCGGGCUUUUUGUGUGUUUGAUAUUUGGAUUAAACUAGUUUAAUUCUUGCUCAUUGCAUUGCGGGUAAUUUGUAAUCAACAGUAGAUAUGACAUAUCUAAGACAUUGCUUGUUCAAUCUUCUUUCAUGUUAAUCCGUAACAAACAAGUGGAAAUGUCAGAAUUUUCGACGAAAUUUUAAACUUCGAAGUUUUGUCUUUGAAGUGAAAGCUAAUUAUUCCACCAAUCUUUGACAAGAUGGUGGUUUGGUGGCCACAAAACUAUUAUUUUUACCAGAAUUGACCCUUUAAGUUCAUUAAGCUCCCGAAACCUGUCGAUUGAAUAACAUCCUGGUUUCCAUAUCCAGAGCUGUCUAUUAAAUACCUUAUCAAGCAUUUCCGAUAUUACCAAGCAUAAAAUGUGAACAAUAAUAUUUUGUCUUAAGCUCAUAAUGGAGGUACGUGUAUUUUCUUUUAGGCUUAGGCCAGUAGGUUUUGCCGAUUCAACUAUCCAGUCUCGUGAACACAUGGGGUAGAAGUAAACGUAAAUUUGCUUGUCCUUAACAUUUGGAGGGGACGUAAGUAAAAAAGUUUCAAGAUGCCCAGAGCUAAUUGCAGAAUUGAAGUGUUGCUGGUUAAAUGUACUUUUAGGGAAUUCAACCUCCAGCCGUCCCCCCCUUCUCCGCUUUUAUGGCCUAUGAGGUUUCUGUAUCUUCCACAUCAGUGCUAUGUUUAAUUCACAUACUGUCGAGGCCAACUCUAUAGGCUAACGUCUGCGGGACAUUUUGAAUGAUCAAUUUGACUUUCUAUGAAUUGUUUGCUAUUGAUACCUUAUGCGAGGCCCAUACCUUGCAUAAGGUAUGCAUACCUACCUUAUACCCAUACCACAUUAUACCAAUAACCUUACAGUAAUGUUAGAAAUGCACAUUAAAACAGAUACGAAUCAUCCAUGGAUUAUUUUGCACAUUGCAUAUACACUCCUUUAUACGAACACCUUCAUGAUAGACCUCUUAAUUGUUAUGAAACCCAGCAGUUGCUACCAUAGCCAAACCUGGCUUUUCAUACGAUUAUAGAUGUCUGUUUUGUAUUGAUUACCCCAUCACAUGCCCACAUGCUACCUCGUAUGGCUUAUACACGACUUUCCAAAUCGACUUUUCAGCAAAAUAUACCAGGUUCUCCUUUUUACUUUAAAAUAAAAACGAUUUAUGAAAGAAUUUGGGUAGAAAAAUUCAAGAAGCUGGCAACUGCUAGCUGUUAAAUAAGUUUCCUUUAAAAACAAUGUGUAUUUUCUAAUUUCUUCAAACAUAUUGGACAUUGGUCUCGUUUAUUUAGAUCAUAUAUGCUUUUCUUAAUUUCAGCUUACACACUUUUCAAUUGAUACGAUUUUAUUAUUUAUUAGAUUUAUGAAUUAAAAAUUUGAGAUAAAUUAUAUGUUUUAAUUGAUUUAUUUGAAUGCCUUUUGUAAGAAUGUUUGUUUUUAGAUUGGUUGACUCUAGUGUUAAUAUCAAUAACCGCACUGGGAAAUAACUCAGUUUUUUAUGCUUGUUGUCGUGCUGCACUUACCAACAAAAAGUUAUUUAAUUUGAUUUUAUUGGAUUCCGUUUUAUUACUAGAAUACAAACAUUAUGGACUAGGAAAGACAGCAUUACCAGGCACCGCGGAGCAGGGAGGGGGGGCUGGGGGCGCUUUAGCCAUAUUAAGACGGAAUUAGAUAUUAAGUAUCA